CCUGUCAUGGCUGCUCACUGAUGCCUCUUUCCCCACAUGGGUGGAUAGAAACGUUUUCCUGGACUGAGACGCGCCGGAGUGACCGCUUUAACAGAGCCGUGGUGGAGUCGGGCUUGAGCCGGGACCGUCCGGAGCGGGGCGCCACUGCCGCCGCCAUCAUGCCUGCGGAGGUCGGCGUGGAGCUGGUGGAGCUGGUGGUGCUGCGAGGCUUUCUGACGGCGCAGGAGGACGCGGGCUGGAAGGAGCAGGUCGCUGGCGACGCUGAGGCAGGCCCUCUGCUGCACAGCUUGUUGGAGGGAGACUUCCAGGCGGUUCUGCUGAGCCCACAGGUGAGCGGUCUGCUCUCAGGAGACGGCAGCUGCAGUGAAGGAGAGGACAUUGAGGCGCUCCUGGAGAGACGAGUGCUCCAGUAUCUGACUGGUGGCUCCAGAGAUGACCAGAUCAACAGCAGGGAGCGGGUGGUGCUGGCCCUGGCCGUCUCCUGCCUCCAGAUGUUUGUCCAGAGCAACUGGACCGGUCCUCCGCUCUCUCUCCACAUCUGGGACUUGCUGCCUGCGGCCCUGCGAUUGUCUCAGGAUCCCCAGUCGUGGGCCGAGGCCGUCCACGCCAGCCUGCUCCUGGACGGGGAGUCUGCGUACAGCCUGGUAUCAAACCCCUUCCUCCUCCUGCUGGCCCGGGUCAUCCUCACCAAGUGCUCCGACAACAUGCAGAGCCUCCAGCUGCUGCCCUGGUGGACUCUCCGCUACGUGAACCUGCACCAGCAGAUCCUGGAGGCCCGGUCCCCCCAGCUGCUGGACCUGGCCUGCAGCUGCAUGGACAAAGUGCUGAAGGGCCCGUCCGCCCUGUCGGGGCAGAGGAACCUGGCCGUCCAGUUCCACCUGGAGUGCGUCUACGUCAGCCUCACCUACUACGAGUACCAGUCGGCCCAGGAACACAUGAGGAAAGCCCAGGAGCUCUCCGGGCUGGACAUCAACGUGACCGGUGCUCUUGGCAAACGGACCCGAUUCCAAGAGAAGUUCUUGGCUCAGCUCAUCCUGGAGGUGAAGAGAGAUGCUGGUGAUGAGCGGGAGGACGAGGCCAGCCCGGCCCCCACACCUCAGGCCAGCCUGCCCAAGGACCACCUCCUGGGGGACGACACGGUUCUGGACCAGAUCCGUCUGGCAGAGCCGGACCAGUACUCUCUGCCUGAGCUGGGUGCUGAGGAGCAGGCCGUGGUGCUGGCCGUGUGCACACACUUCCAGAGGAACAACCCAGUCCACAAACUGACAGAGGAGGAGCUGCUGGCCUUCACCUCUUGCAUCCUGUCCCAGCCGAAGUUCUGGGCGGUGCAGGUGGCAGCGCUCUGCCUCAGGACCAAACUGGAGCGAGGGAGAUCUCGCUGUGUCGAGAGAGCCAUGAUGCAAAUGCAGGCGAUUGUGGACCACUUUGAGGAUAAGAGCUGUCCUGUGAGCGAGCGGCUCAAGGUGUUCUACUGCUGCCAGGCCCCGCCCAGAUGGGUGGUCCAGAAACAGCUGGCCAGCCUGCUGAUAGACCUGGGCUGCACAAGCUCGGCUCUGCUCCUCUACGAGAAGCUGGAGCUCUGGGAGGACGCCACCAUCUGCUACGAGAGGCUCGGUCAACACGGGAAGGCUGAGGAGAUCGUGCGGCGGGAGCUGCAGAAGAAGGAGACGCCCAGCCUGUACUGCCUGCUGGGCGACAUCCUGAGGGAGCAUCAGUACUACGAGCGGGCAUGGGAGCUGUCGGGCCACCGCAGCGCCAGGGCCAUGCGCUCCAAGGCCCUGCUGCACCUGCGCAACAAAGAGCUGCAGCCGUGUGUGGACUGUUUCGAGCUGUCGCUGAAGAUCAACGCCAUGCAGCUCGGUGUGUGGUUCUCUCUGGGCUGUGCCUACUUUGCUCUGGAGGGCUAUGAGGGGGCGGCCAAGGCCUUCCAGAGGUGUGUUGGACUGGAACCAGAUAACUCAGAAGCGUGGAACAACCUCUCAACAGCGUACAUUCGCCUGCAGAUGAAGAACAAGGCCUUCCGUACCCUCCAGGAGGCGCUGAAGUGCAACUACGAGCACUGGCAGAUCUGGGAGAACUUCAUCGUGGUCAGCACCGACAUCGGGGAGUUCGGGGAAGCCAUCAAGGCGUACCACCGCCUGAUGGACCUGAGGGACAACUACAAGGACGUACAGAUUCUCCAGAUCCUGGUUAAAGCCGUAUCUUCCAACCUGCUGGACAGCCAGGGGAACCAGGCGGGAGUCCUGCAGCCCAGACUGAGGGAGCUGCUGGGCCGGGUCAGCUCCCGCCACAGCAGCGACGCUGAGAUCUGGCGGCAGUACGCCCUGCUGUACGGGGACGGGCGGGGCAGCGACCCGGAGGACAGCCACAAGGCUCUUCAGUUCCUGUCCAAAGCGCAUCGCUGCGAGGUCCAGGCCGGCGGCUGGGAGAAGGAGCCGGCGCUCUUCCUGGAGGUGAUCCAGAGAGCCGUCCACAUGGGAGAGGUGUCCCUGAGCUGCAGCGGGAUGAAGAGGACUCCAGCAGAAGCUCUGCAGAUCCUCUCCUCCAGCCGCCUCAGCCUCCGGAGUCUGGCUACUAAAGCCAAGCAAAUGCACACGGACGUGUCCACGGGUCUGGUCCAGGCCGAGCUGCAGGACGGCCUGGCUGCUCUGGAGCAGCUGGUGGCCGAGCUGCAGGAGCAGAGCGGCGCGCUGAGACAGCCACAGCAGUGAUGGCACCAACAGAGACCCCCCCCCCAGAGACACCAACACAGACACCAACAGAGACCCCCCCCCCCCCCAGAGACGCCAACAGAGACACCAACAGAGACCAGCCACCUCCAGACAUCUGGACUCUUUAUUUCACUUUCAUCAAAUCCAGAGACAAAGUCGACAACCAAUGCCCAAAGUGCCACUUCCUGAUCCCGUCUUUCUGUCCACAUCUGAAUGCAAACACAGACAAUAAAAUGGUUAAGAAGUUAAACACCUGUAAUCUUUU